AUGCAUCCUAACCUUGUCAGGUUAAUUGGGUUCUCGACGGCCACAAAAGAGAGGGUGCUUGUUUUUGAAAGGAUCGCAAUGGGCUCUUUACAUGAACACCUCCAUGGAAGCUCAAAGAAGUCGUUAGACCUUGACUGGAAGUGCCGGGUCCAAGUCGCCCUUGGUGUAGCCAGAGGCAUGAAUCACCUUCAUCAGGUUAUUCAGCUCCUGAGCAGAUUGUUCGAGGCCAUGGCCCACUUCAGCCUUCUGAGUGCAGCUCAGACAUCCAAGGAUGCAGGGACACAUCUCUUUGGAGGACAUUUGCAGAGCUGCUGA